AUGGCACAGAAAUCGCCCUUCACGGUCGAUGUCCCGGGCUACGAGGCUGUCCAGGGAGAAGCCAUCCCUCGCCGAAAUAUAAACUACAAGGACCAAUUGCUCGAGCGACCAGAGGACUCAAUCAACACCGUAUAUGAUAUCGUCAAGCGGGGGGCUGCGAAGUUCGGAAAUGCAAAAUGCAUGGGCUCGCGAGAGCUUCUACAGGUGCACAAGGAGAACAAGAAGGUGAAGAAGCUGGUGGGCGGGGAGGAGCAGGAGGUGGAUAGGGAGUGGUCAUACUUUGAAUUAAGUGGCUACAACUUCAUCAGCUUCCAUGAGUAUGAAAAAUUGACUCUGCAGCUCGGGGCGGGUCUGAGGAAGCUUGGCCUGGCCAAAGGGGAUAGGCUCCACCUUUAUGCAAGUACGAGCGAUCGGUGGCUUGCUGUGGCCCAUGGUGCGAUUUCGCAGUCCAUGCCUAUUGUUACCUCGUACGACACCCUUGGCGAGGAAGGGCUGCGGCAUUCAGCUGUAGAAGCUGGUUCCAAAGCUCUCUUUACAGAUCCGCAGCUUCUGGGCUCAGUCGCUAAAUUGCUGGCUGAUGCUAGAUGUAUCAGAGUGGUUAUUUACAACAAAACCUGCCUGCUCCAAGAGGAGGCGUUGAGUUCCCUGAAAUCUGCACAUCCUACGGUGACUGUUAUCAGCUUUGAGGAGCUCAGGAAGCUUGGAGAGGAUCAUCCCGUCGAGCCUGUUCCUCCAGAUGCGAAAGACAUGGGCAUGAUCAUGUACACUUCAGGUGCUACGGGACCUCCAAAGGGCGUGUCCCUGAAACAUAAACAUGUUGUCGCUGCUGUUGCUGGAAUCGAUUCGAUGAUUGGACGCCAUAUUGGUCCCAGUGACACUGUCCUAACGUUUCUCCCCUUGGCGCAUAUUUUCGAAUUUGUAUUCGAGCACGCAGCACUGUUCUGGGGUAGUCCAAUGGGCUACGGAAACCCCAAAACGCUUGCAGACAUAUCCACCCGCAACUGCAAAGGUGAUAUCCGGGAGCUCAGGCCAACCCUGAUGAUCGGUGUGCCGGCUGUGUGGGAAACCGUGAGAAAGGGCGUCGUUACAAAAGUUGGGCAAGCUGGGUUGAUAUCGAAAGCGCUCUUCUGGGCAGCUUUCUACCUCAAACGUACGCUCGUCAAUCAUCAGUUUGGCUGGUCGGCUAUUUUGAACUCUGUAAUCUUCAAAAAGAUCACCGAAGCCACCGGAGGCAGGCUCAGAUUCGUUAUGAAUGGAGCUGGCCCCAUUGCUCGGGAGACGCAAGAGUUUAUCUCUCUGGUGGUAGCUCCCAUGGUUAUCGGAUACGGUUUAACCGAAACAUCCGCCAUGGCGUCUGUUUCCGAUCCAUGGGGAUGGUGCCAUGAGACGCUGGGCGAUAUCCCCGGCUGCGUUGAAGUCAAACUGGUUGAUUUCCCGGAAGCAGGGUAUUAUACAAAAUCUACGCCGCCACAAGGCGAAAUCUGGGUUCGAGGGAAUAGCGUCAUGGAAGGAUACUAUAAAAACGACCCCCUAACGGCCGAAGUCAUGACAGCGGAUGGCUGGUUUAAAUCCGGGGAUAUUGGGCAGUGGGAUGAAAAUGGCCACCUCCGAGUCAUUGACCGGAAGAAGAGUCUAGUCAAGACUCUGAAUGGGGAAUACAUAGCACUGGAAAAGCUCGAAUCCGUAUACCGGACUGCGAGUGUAGUGGGGAACAUCUGCGUUUACGCGGCGCCCGAUAAAGCCAAAGCAGUCGCCUUGGUGGUCCCCGUUGAGCAGGCGUUGAAGAACGUAGCUGUAGAGAACGGCAUCCAGAACCAGGAUCUCGUCCAUGACAGGAAGCUUCGAAGUGUUGUGCUGCAGAAUAUGCAGACGAUCGGACGGAAGGCGGGGCUUACUGGGUUGGAAAUCAUUGAUGCCGUUGUGCUCGUGGAGGAGCCGUGGACGGCGCAGAAUGGGCUCACGACGGCGACGGAUAAACUGAACAGGAAAGUCAUUCAUGACAAGUAUAAAGCUGAAAUCGACGAUGCGUAUGAGCGCGGAUAA